GUUUUGCGGCGAAAGGGGCGAUCACGUGGAGGGAGGUUUGUUGCGGUUCGUGGCUCGUGCGCCGUCAUUUUUCCUCAGACACGUUGUUUUGAGGGGAAGGUUGUAAUAAUACAGACCUGCACGUGUCUAUUUCGAAAUGUCAGCUUACUGAAAUGACUGGAUUUGGUGAUGAAAAUAAGGGCUUUGAGCCUCCUUCCUAUGAAAGAAUAGUUUUCAAGAAUGCUUCUGAAUACCACUAUCUGAAGAUCCAUUUGGAGUUUCAAGAAGCUGCUAUCAACUUAAGUGCUGUUGAGUUCAAACAACUUAUCAUCUCUGCUUUGAAACGGCUGCAUGGUGAGGUUGGUGCAGCUCUGCCUGUUGAUGUAUUGACAUAUGAAGAAAAAACCUUGUUUGCGAUUCUAAGGGUACCUAAAACUGGCCUGGUGAAGUUGUGGAGUGCUCUUACACUGCUUGGUUCCUACCAGAACAAGAGUUGCUGUUUUAGGGUCAUACAGAACUCUCCAUUUCUUCUUGCAUUAUCUGGGAACAGUAGAGAGUUGGUGCUAGAUUAACUGCGCUAAAAAGGCAACUGACUGGGGCUUGUGAAAGCCAGAGCAGUCCCAAGAUGCUGAUGGGGUUGCCCAGGUGCC